CUUUGCACGCUUGAUGUGGUCUUGUUGCAUGCUGCGUUAGUGACUCGUUGUCUACGUUUUCCCGACAUUUUGUCCUUUUCUCUGUAGUUAUUGAAGGAUUGGCUUGGUUUGCAAUCAAAACGGUGCUGUUAUUGCUUUUUAAAAUUUCUGUCGUGUGUAAAAGCAACACUUUUACUCGUGUGAAAAAAAGAAAACGUGGACGAUUAAUGUACCUUAUAUGUAGCACAUAUAAGAUACGCAUCUUCCUCCAAACGUACAACCGAAAGUGCCUCCAUCAUGUCUACGACUAGUGAUCUCCGGGAGAAGCUGCGGGAGAAACGGAGAACACUGCAAGCAUCUUUAGUGAAGGUGAAGGAUGACACUCAGGCUCUGGUUCCCUCCGACUCUGAUAUGCCUAAGGACAGUGACCACACUGCGGUUGAGGAACUGAGCGGCAGAGAGGACCCGGGUGAGACCCUGCGACGCUCGCUGAAGGCAAAGAGAAUCACGAGGAAAAAGAAGCUGUUGGAAGAGAUGUCAGCGGAGGCCCCCCCAGAGGAAGUGUUGGAGGAGGAGGAGGAGGUCACGGCCGUGCAGGAGCUGCAGUGUGUGCAGGAGGAGACGCAGGCCAAGGGAGGCCGCUCAGUCCGGUUACAGAGAGAUCUUCCUCCUCUCCCUGCCGUGUCGAGGGCCGACUCCAGUGUCCCGCAGAGCUCAGUGAGGCAGCGUGUGAGGGACAAGCUGAGAGAGGCCAGGUCCAAGGCUGCGAGCCUGUUACAGCAGGAGUCCUUGCUGGAGUCGGCCAGUCGCUUACAGAGUCUCCGGGACGGGGAGACGCGCACCAGGUUCGACAGGGAGACAGAUCUGGAGCUCGCUGAAGGCGAUCCAUCCUUCGCCACUAAGGUGAAAUUCCGCGACGCAGCCAGACGAGUCACCAGGGACAGUAGGGCAGAAACUGGGCUGCCCUCUGCUGAGGAGGCGUACAACUUCUUCACCUUCAACUUUGACCCUGAACCCCAAGAAGACCAGCACAAGGGUCGACUGAAAAGAAGACCCAGGAGAGGAGAGGGGGAAGGGGAGGAAGAGGAGGAGGAGAGAGAAGAUGAAGAGACUGAGACGGCAAGAGAGCAUGCAGAAGGAGAUCAGUCCAGGGAAGAAGACGCACCUCUGGUCAGAGAGGAAGACGAGGAUCUGUUCAUUAUCGAUCAGUCAGCACGGGACUUCCUGGAAGUGACGAGGGCAGAGUGCAUGGAGUACAGCACACGUGUGCAGAGAGAGGAAGAGCUUCUCUUCACUCCAAGCACGAGGCCAGUGCCAGCUUACAGCAAGCUACCAGAGAAUGUUCAGCCACGCUACCUGGAGGAGGAGGGGCUUUACGUCGGGGAGAGACCGCCGGUCUCCCUGUCCAAUCAGAACAUUCUGGAAAACCGCAUUCUGAUGCAGGAUCAGGGCAAGAAGUGGUUUGGGGAUGACGGGAGGAUGGUGGCUCAGCCUGACCCAAUCAAAGAGUCCUCGACGAGACCGCCCCUUUUCCAUCUGGAGGAGGAGCUAGACCCAGGACUACAGACCGUCCACAGGAAGACGCUGACGUCGAAGCACAUGAACCGCUACACCGUGGGAAUCGGGGACUCCCAGGGAGACUACCAGCUGGACGUGGACGUGUCUGGCCUCGUUUUCUCCCAUCACCCCUUGUUCAGCAGGGAGCACGUUCUGGGGGUGCGUCUGGCCCAGCUGUGCGACCAGCAGCUCAGCCGACAGCACAAAGACCUCAACCGCCUCCUCAGCGAUAAGUUGAAUGGUUUGAGGAACACUGUUCGGAAUAUGUUGGAGCUGCAUAAUGGAGAUGGCCUCAGUCAUGUGACCCAGCAAAGAAUAGCAGAAUACAAACAGGAAGUGAGGCACACACGUCGGCUACGAGACGCGGAGCAGGAGAAGGACAGAACGUUGCUUAAGAGCAUCAUAAAAGUCUGGAAAGAGCUGAAGGCUCUCCGGGAGUUCCAGAGGUUCACCAACACGCCCUACAAACUCUAUAUCAGGAAGGUGGAGGUGGAGCAGGCGUCGGACGAGCUGGAGCAGGAGGCGGAGGUCCAAGCGGAGGUGGCAGAACUGCGGGCGGAGUACACGGAGGACUACGAGACGAAGAUGAGUGGCUACAGAGGACAGCUGGAAGAAUGGAAGUCCUGGAGGAGGAAGGAGAAGGUUCUAAAGAAGAAACAGAAGCAGAGAAAACAGCUGUCCCGGGAUGAGGAAGAUGAGGGAAGUGAAGAAGAGCUGGGAGAGGAGCCCGUGAAGCCAGAAGCUCCAGAGAAACCAGACUUAGCAGGUCUGGAGCAGCAGGUGCGCAAGAAGGCCGCCAAGAUCCGCAGGAGACCCGGGGAACCAGUUCUGCUACCGGAGCUUACCACCGCCGGUCCAGUAACUCCUAACGAACAGUGUCCUAGAGGUGAAUUAGCACGGAGGGAAGAUGUGACAAAGCGUUCUCUAUACAUCAAAGUCUUGUACAAUGACAAAGAAGUUUCUAGAACAGACAGUCGCUCUUUGAGCACCGACUUCAGAGUUCAUUUUGGCCAAAUCUUCAACUUGAAGAUAGUGAACUUGCCGGAGAGCAUCAAACUGCAGAUAUAUGAGAGCAUUGGCUCCUCCUCAUCUCAGUUAGCAGAGGUGUGCGUGCCGAUUCCAGAAUCUUCCGUGUUAACAGGCACCGCUCCUUCUGAGGAACUGGAGUUCAGCAGCAACCAAAGAGUCAUGUUCAACCAUGAGGGAGUCGGAAGUGAUGUGCCGUUCUCGUUCGCGGCGGAUGGCAGUGACCGGCACACCCUGCUGACCUCGGCCAAGCUGUCCUGCUGCGUAUCGUGGGCUGUAGGCGAGGGCGGAGUGCCCCUGGCCCCCCCUACCAGCCAGCCCGCCGCAGGCCUGCACAGUGGUCUGAGGCAGAGGGAUGCUAUAGCCUGUAUCGGUGCAUCAGGUCUGAAUGACAUGAAGAAAUUGCGGAAGUGGGCGGCGGACUCUCGCCUUGACCCCAAUGACCCCAACAACGCCUCCAUAAUGCAGCUGCUCUCAAUGUCCGGCGGAGGGGAGGUGGCCGUCCCCGAUUACUUCCGACUGGAGCAGCUGCAGGAGGAGUUUAACUUCCCGUCCGACGGGGAGCUGGAUCGCUCUCGCCGCUUCCGCCUGCUCCGGCUCCGGAGCCAAGAGGUGGCAGAGUUCCGCAACCUUAAAGCCAUCCCUGCCCUGGAGCGUGAGAUCUCUGAGAAAGUGUUUGAGGACUAUGAAUGCCGGCUGAAGGAAGUUGAAAGGGUCGAUGCCAAGGACCAUAUAGAUGGACACCGUGCCCUGGUUGCCAAGUAUUUGCAGAAGGUGCGUAAGUCAGUCGUUAAUCGCUUCCUCAUCACAAAGCAUCAUUUCAUCCUGUCCGAUCUGGUCAUAGAAGAAGAGAUCCCUAGCAUUGGGAUUCUGGGCCUGAACCUGUUUAAGCUGGCUGAGCCCAAGCGCCCCCUGAAGCCACAGAGGAAGGAGAGGAAGAAAGUGACAGCACAGAACCUCUCAGACGGAGACAUCAGACUCCUGCUCAACAUCAUCAGAGGCUACGACAUCCCUGUCCGCAGACCUAAUGCCAGCAAACCAGUGGGGGCACGUAAGGGUUCCCGCUCCUAUGGCGACCCCUUUACAUCAGCUCAUUCCUCCCAGACAGCGCUGCAGGGCAGUGAGUGGCCCCUGGGACAGCCCGUGAUUCAGCCCUUCGUGGAGGUGUCUUUUCAGCGUACAGUGCUGCGGACCUCCACAGCGGAGGGACCAAACCCCUGCUGGAAUGAAGAGCUAAUCCUGCCGUUCAGUGCACCCAGUGGAGACUACAGCACAUCCAGUCUGCAGGCUGUUCGUGACGAAGUUUUCAUCAACAUUUUUGAUGAGAUCCUCUAUGAGGUGGUGGAGGAUGAGAGAGAACGGGGAGCCAGUGUUCAUACUCGCAUCGAGAGACACUGGCUAGGAUCCAUUAAGAUUCCAUUCAGCACAAUCUACCUGCAGUCACGGAUUGACGGGACGUUCAAGGUAGCCACGCCGCCAGUGUUGCUAGGCUACAGCAAGGAGCGGAUCCUGGGCAGUGAGGGCGGGUACGAUGCCGUUCGGAGCCCGAGUGAGGGCACCUUCCUCACGCUCUUCGUCACCAUCGACCCUCAGCUCGUACCCGGAGACCCCAUCAGGGAAAAGUUCGACACUCAGGAGACGGAGCGAUUGCUGCUGGCGUGCGAGCUGUACGAGAAGGAUGCACACAGGCGUUUCCCUGACCGGCGCUGUGUCACCACUGUCGUGGACAUGAAUGGCAAAACCGUGUUCGUCACGCGCUUCAUACGACCCCUGACCCCUCCACAAGAGCUGCUGGAUGCCUUCCCCAACAGCCCACAGGAGACUAUGGAGCUGGUGGCUCGGUACGUGUCCUUUAUCCCUUUUCUGCCUGACAGCGUGUCUUUCGCCAGCGUCUGCGACCUGUGGAGCACUUGCGAUCAAUUCCUGACGCUGUUAGCCGGGGACGAGGAGGAGCACGCCGUUCUGCUCUGCAACUAUUUCUUGGCCAUGGGCAAAAAGGCAUGGAUUAUCAUAGGAUCCGCCCUCCCUGAGGGCCCCACUGCAUAUGUUCUGACCCAAGAACAUAGCCGGUACCUGAUCUGGAACCCCAGCACCGGACAGUACUAUGGCCAGUACGACACAUUCUGCCCCCUACAGGCUGUGGGCUGCCUCAUCAACACAGACAAUGUAUGGUGUAACAUUCAGGUAUACGCUGCUCCGAUGAGGAUGAGUUUUGAUGUCACUAAACCGAAGUGUUGGAAGCCAUUUUUUUCCAGAACAUUCCCUGACCCCGGCCUCUCCAGUGUACAGCCGGAGUACCUAGUGUACAGACGGACAGACCAGACUGCUGCCGCUGAGCUCCAGGACAGGAUAGAGAAGAUCCUGAGGGAGAAGAUCAUGGAUUGGCGCCCCCGACACCCGACUCGCUGGAACCGUUAUUGCACUUCCACAUUACGCCACUUCCUGCCCAAGAUGGAGUUGAGCGGAGGUCGCGAGGUGUCUGAGGAACAUCGCGUUGAGCUACAGAGUCUCCUGGGAGAUUACAGGAUUUCGGGGUUCCCCUUGCACCUUCCUUUCUCAGAGAUUCGACCAAUCAUCGAAGCCGUUUACAGCACAGGGGUCCAUAACGUGGAGGCCCCCAGCGUGGAGUUUGCACUGGCUGUGUAUGUGCACCCUUACCCCAGUAAUGUGCUCUCUGUCUGGGUCUACAUCGCUUCACUGAUCCGCACACGCUAGCAUUCCUAACAUGGAGCAGUUGGGAAGCAUUUCCAAUUGGCUUUUCAAAUAUUUUAUUAGACUGACUUUUUUUUUUUUUUUUAAUUGUACAUUGAAAAUUGAAGAGCUGCUUGCAUGUUUACAAUUAUAGUUGCAGGCAAUCCUGUUUAUUCAGUUAGUUUAUAGUUUCCAAUUAACUUAAUAUGCAAAUGUUUUUUUUCUAAAAAAAAAUUUCUAAAGUAAAAAUACAGAAUAUGUAUUGGAGUAAUUUGGAUUAUGUCUGCUUUGCAAUUAAACUAUAAGAUAACAUGUAAGCGCAA